GUGAUGUGAAGAAUAAAAUAUUGCAAUGGAAAACACAAAAGCUCGCUGCUUUGUGUCCAUCAAAUGGGUAAGAUUUAAAUGGCAUCAUUAGAAAUGUGCGCAUCAUUACUGUUGCAAUAAGUUAAACUAAUCUGAUUUCAGUCAACAGCUACAAAAUCUAUUAAACAUUGUGUGCAGUACAGCACAACCUACUAACGUUACUCUAAGGGAUGCUUGCAUUACUUGCUUUUCGCGUGUUACUUCAAUGGCCGAGGUAUGAGGUACAAGUCAUAUUAUUUUGAUAAAAUAUAUAAUUGAUAUGGUAUUGGCCAUAGCUACAACAUGAGAGAUCUGGUAAUUAAUGUUUCAGGGUCCUCAAGAAUUAAAUGCGUUAAGCGUUUGUGCUGUUCAGUAUUUUACAGGGUCAUACGCAGCAUGUGCUACAGCUUUAAUGGCUCUAUCUACAUCGGCGUUAAAUGUUCAACCAUCAGGGUGCUUCAUGGGUUAUUGUGACUUUGUCCGUUGUCUUAGAAGAGCGAAUUCUGUAAACUUGAUUACCCAGUGCACUCGUGAAGCAAGAACGGGUGUGAACAUAACACUGGAUGCUGAUAACGUCCGAUUUUAUACAAAUGUUACUUCUUGUAUUUUAGCUAAAUCUCGAUGUGGCUCCUUUAACCCCAUAACUGGAGAGCCCCAACUUCCUGGCUAUACUUCAUCGGGAACAAGAGUCAGUAACGCUCUUCAAAUUGCAGAAUCAGGAGAACUACGGGUUGUUGCGUUUUCUGCUAAUACUCCUGUCAGCAAUUCAUUUUGUACAAUAACUCCAAAUUUAACACAGUCUAGUUGGCUCACAAAUGUGUGCUAACUAUUACUGUUUUUAAAACUAGAUUAUCUUUUUGUGUACCUAAUAAAAUAAUUACGAACCGUUUUUAACUGAAUGAAAUCAAUAUGAAUGAAUAAAGUUUUUGCCAUAGUCUUCGAAAAUAAUCAAAAUGUCAUUUGACCUGUGUCACUUUUUCUUU